AUGGACUCAAUGCCCCACCUGUCUGCCAAGGCGAAGGAUGACGUUAGAAAGAUAUUGAGCUCAAAACACUUGUUUUAUAAAGAAAUGUGUGCUUAUCAUAAUGGACAGAGGAUACCUGAUUGCCAUGAUCUCGAUCUCCAAGGUUAUUCUUUACCUCUUGGGAGGGGCUCAAAAGACAAUAAUGGAUCCGAUGAAGAAGAGGCUGAAGAAAACCAUGAUACCGAGGAUGAUGAAUUAGACAACGAAGAUGAUAACGAUGCAGAUAAUGAUAGGGAGAGGAUGAGAAGGAAGAAGGCUAGUGAAGAGGAUGGCCAUUUCUGGCCACAAUAUGUUCUGGAUAGUUUUGAAGUUGAAAUGGGUGAGAUUUUUCAAGACCCAACAAAGUCAUUAUGGGAGCGAAGAGACUGGAUCAAGAAACAGAAGUUGCAACUCCUAGAGCAAAGAGUCGGCUUCCAGGCCGAAGCUUUGGAGCUUGAAAAGCAGAGGUAUAAAUGGCUAAGAUACUGUAGCAAGAAAGACAGGGAACUGGAGAGGUUGAGGUGGAGAAUGAGAGAAUGA